AAAUGUUAUCAAUAUCACACAUAAACUCAUCUUCUCCUUCUCAAUUAGCUUUUUUUUUUCUUUUUCUUCAACAAGAUUUGCUCCUCCAUUUCUUCAUAAAUGAAAAUAGUUGCAAUCUUGUUUUCGGCGAUUGUUAUUGCCUUAGUGAUAUGGGGGUGGAAAAUGGUGAAUUGGGUAUGGUUGAGACCAAGAAAACAAGAGAAGUUCUUUAGGAAGCAAGGCAUGAAUGGACAUCCUUAUAGAACACUAUAUGGAGACACAAAGGAGAUGGCUGACUUGACCAAAGAAGCCAAGUUUGAACCCAUUAAACUCACUGAUGAUAUUCUCCCUCGAGUCUUCCCUUUCUACCAUCUUAUUCUGAACAAAUACGGUAACCACUGUUUCGCAUGGAUAGGUCCAGAACCCAGGAUUUUCGUAAUGGAACCAGAACUCAUUAAGGAAAUAGUAACCAACAACACCAUCUUCAAAAAACCAAAACCAGCCCCACUUGUCCAGCUUCUUGUUAGUGGCAUCUCAAGCUAUGAGGACGAGAAAUGGGCUAAGCACAGAAAAAUUCUUAACACUGCUUUUUAUGCCGAGAAGUUGAAGUGUAUGCUGCCGGCAAUGCACACAAGCUGUGAGGAUAUGAUUAACAAGUGGGAAAUUCUACUCUCCGAAAAUAAAUCGUGCGAAUUGGACGUGCAUCCAUAUUUUGAAGAUUUAACAAGUGAUGUGAUUUCAAGAACAGCAUUUGGAAGUUGUUAUGCAGAAGGAACAAGAAUAUUUCAUCUUCAAAAAGAACUAGCUGAACUCACACGUCAAGCUUUCCAGUCUGUGUACAUUCCUGGGUGGAGGUAUUUACCAACAAGAACAAAUAGAAGAAUGAAAGCCAUUGACAAUGAACUUAGAGAUAUUUUAAGGAAGAUUGUGAGCAAGAGAGAAAGAGCAAUGAAAGUGGGAGGAGCAAGUGAUGAGGAGGACUUGUUGGGUAUUUUACUAAAGUCUAAUUUGAAGGAAAUCGAAGAAGGUGGAAGCAAGUUUGGUAUGACAACUGAUGAAGUGAUAGAAGAAUGCAAAGUCUUCUAUUUUGCUGGCCAAGAGAGCUCUUCAAAUUUACUCGUUUGGACUAUGGUUUUAUUAAGUGCGCACCAAACUUGGCAAGCUCGUGCAAGAGAAGAGGUUCAGCAAGUCUUCCAGAACAAUAAACCAGAUUUUGAAGGGUUAAGCCGUCUCAAAAUUGUGAGUAUGAUCCUGAAUGAGGUUCUAAGGUUAUAUCCACCAGCACCAUAUUUCGUACGAAAAGCAUACAAAGAGACAAAGCUAGGAAAUAUGAGUAUCCCUCCUGAAGUGAUCCUUGUAAUACCAACAAUAUUUGUUCAUCAUAAUCCAGAAUUAUGGGGUGAUGAUGUUAAGGAAUUCAAACCAGAGAGAUUUGCUGAGGGAAUUGCAACAGCAACAAACAACAGACUUUGUUUCUUGCCUUUCAGUUGGGGUCCUCGUAUUUGCAUUGGUAAUAAUUUUGCAAUUAUGGAAACUAAGAUUGCCUUAGCAAUGAUCCUUCAACGUUUUGCUUUCGAGCUUUCUCCAUCUUACACUCAUGCACCUACUUAUGUCGUCACUCUUCGACCUCAGUGUGGUGCUCACUUAAUCUUGCAAAAAUUAUAGUCCUUAAUCUGGAUUUGCCAUUAUUUAGUGCCUAAUAAAUAUUUCUCUAUCAUUAUUUUCCAACUUUCAUGCUGUAAUCUUCAUUUGUUUUAGUUUUGUAUGUUUAUUUAUUUAUCUUUUAUUUUGGAAUGUCUUUUUCGCCAUCCAGUUUGAACAGUGCUCAGUAAUAGAAACGACCUCCUGAGUUGUGCUUA